GGCUCAUCAAUAUGAAGUGAAAACAGUGUCAUACAAUAACAAAAAAUUGUCUGUGCAUAAAAACAAUGAUUGUUUGAUUUAGUUUAUAAGGGAUUUAGGCUAGCAUAAAGGAAAAACAAGGAGCACAAUCGAUCAAUGGACAAGCUAAAUUUAUAUGAAGUAUUAGGUGUGGCACCAGAUGCAUCCGAAGAUGAGAUUAAAAAGAACUAUCGCAAGUUGGCCAAAGAAUUCCAUCCAGAUAAAAACCCUGAGGCUGGUGAUAAGUUCAAGGAGAUUUCAUUUGCCUAUGAGGUGCUGUCCGAUCCAGAGAAGCGUCGGAUCUAUGACCGUUAUGGUUUAAAGGGUUUGCAAGAGGGCAUGGAAGGCUCAGCAGACCCAUCCGAUUUUUUCUCCCAAUUUUUCCCAUUUGCCGGCAGCAGUGGACGCAGUGGAAAACGGGAGGGGAAAAUUGUUGUCAAAUUGGAACUGACGCUGGAAGAGAUUUUCGAGGGUGGCAUGAAUAAGGCGGUGGAAUACACACGCCAAAAGCUUUGUGGAGAUUGUAAUGGCGAUGGUGGACCCAAGGAAGCACGUGACGAGUGUCAGACUUGCGGAGGUUCUGGCCGAGCGGCGGCCUUUACUUUUAUGGGCCUCAACACUUUUGACACAAGUUGUCCCUCAUGUGAAGGCCGUGGAUUUAGCAUAAAGGAGUCUAUGCUUUGUUCAACAUGUCGUGGUCAGGGAUAUGUUGAAGAGAAAGUAGAACGCGAUGUUAAAGUCGAGAAGGGAGUGCCGCACAUGAUGAAGUUACCCUAUCCCAAUGAAGGGCAUCAGAUGCGAGGUGGAGAAUUUGGUGAUCUCAUUGUAGUAAUUGCCCAGCUGGAUCAUCCAACAUUUCUUCGUCGUCAUGCCAAUUUGUAUAUGAAGGAUUUGAAUAUUAAUUUAACUGAGGCUCUCUGUGGAUACACUCAUUGCUUUCAGCAUCUGGAUGGCAAAACAAUUUGCAUGAGCACCCAACCGGGCGAAGUCCUUAAACAUAAUCAUAUCAAAAUGAUUCGUGGUUGUGGCAUGCCGGUUUAUAACAGUUCUUCGGAUCGUGGAGAUCUUUAUAUCAAAUUUGUGGUUAACUUUCCGGAAAAUAACUUUGCCAAUCCUACACAACUGGCUACACUUGAGGAGCUCUUGCCGGGGCGAGAGAAAAUUGAUAUACCGUCCGGAGCCGAAGAAGUACAACUAUCCGAUUAUAAGCCACAUGCCCAACGACAGGCUCAGCAGGAUGAUGACGACGAUGAAUAUGGAGCUGGUCAGUCGCCACAUUUUGAAAGUGUCCAGUGCCAGACUGCUUAGUUGUUGUGGCUAUGGCUAUUGCAGGCUCGCUAUCUUAGCCUUGAUCUUUGGCAUCUUCUGGGCACGCUAAGCGUGGAUGAAGUUUGCUUUUUGGUGCCGCUAGUCGUCUUAAUAUUUAUAGUAUUGUUUUUCAUACAGGAAUGUUUGCUGUGACAAAAACUGAUGUGCGUGAUUCGAAAUAUUAUCGAAAUUUAUAUUAGACCUUUAGUUUAGCUUAUAGCUGCGCGAUAUUUUGUAUUAAUAUGAACCAAAUGUGACUAUGUUUUACGUAAACCAUGCUAAAUUAUGCAAGUCAACCAUAAUACUA